AUGACCGUUCAGGCGAGGAGGCACUCCGCAGCCUACAAGUCCCCAUCACCCUACAAUUCCCGAGAUACAGACGUCGAAAAACAGCCUGCAACAGGUCGCCACAUAUAUCACCACCACCAGAGCGAUGUUUCCGACGACGAAUCACUGGACGACUCCAACGUCGCGGACUCAUAUCCGCCGCCCAUCGUAGCGGGCAGUAGUCUUCGUCGCCCCGGAGCUGGUGUCGGCUUCCGCGUACCACAGCGGAUUAUGCGAUGGCUCUGCUUCGCCCUUUUUGCUGCCCUUGUCGUCUUCAUCCUCACCCUCUUCCGCUUUACCCUCUCCUCCUCCGUUUCGCAAGUCGCCGUCGAAUUGCCCAAAGUCGUCGCCGCCAAACCCCCACAGUGGGAGAGUUUCCCAUUCCUCACCCGCUACGAGGGCGGCAUAUCCUCCUUGGUCCCGCGCCUGGGUAAUGUACCCGAAUACCCGGGCGAUGGCUCCGAGGAUUUCGGUGUCCGACCGGAGAGCGAAGAGGAGAAGCAGCAGGAGGAGGCGCAGAAGGAGGAUGCCCAAGUCAACAAGAGAGAUAAAAGCCUGUCCCCGAACAUGUUGAGCAGUGUGUUCAAUCCUUACCCUAACUACCAGGCGCCGGAGUAUAUACAAAAAUACGGCGAGAAACGCGAGUGCUUCCUUAACCCGGAAAACUCGCUACGCGUUCCCUUCAUCCAGAGCUACCCGGGAGUUCCCAAAGGCUUCCCGGAUCCGGCAUUUGGCUCGAAUGAAAUUUUAGGUAUUCGGGACGACAUGUGCUUUGAUCGGUUUGGUCGAUUGGGCCCGUACGGGUUGGGAUACGGAGCAAAGAAGGGUGGCUCCGGUGCUGGUCUGGACGGCCAUCGUGAUGGUGCUGAGCGGGUUUGGGAGGAUGUGCCACCGGUGGACUUCCGCACGGUGGACUGGGCGGAUGCGCAAAAUCGCUGCCACGCUGCUAACCGUCACCGAUUCAAUGAAUUGCCUGAGCCUCGUCUCAACCGCUUUGUUUCUAUGCCCAUGGGUAUUCCGAAGGUGAAUAUCCCGCCGCCAGCGGAAGAUAGCCGCAAGGAACCGCUGAAGAUUGGCUCCGAGCGUCUGUCGCGCACUGCUGUGGUCAUCCGCACAUGGCACGACUUCAACUAUACCCCGGAGGAUAUUAUGUACAUGCGUUCAAUUAUCUCGGAACUCUCACUGAUGUCGGGAGGCGAGUACACCAUCCAUUUUCUGGUUCAUGUGAAGGAUACCAACUUGCAGAUCUGGUCGGAUGAUGACACCUAUAACCGUGUGCUGCACGACGCCCUGCCAGAGGAGUUCCGUGGCAUGGGAACCUUAUGGUCGGAGCCGCAGAUGGCUCUUAUGUACCCCGGACUCGAGGAGACUUGGAUGCGCGACUUGCCCAUCCACGGUGUCUACCGCAGCACCUACAUGCCCUUGCAGUACUUCGCCUUCCAACAUCCCGAGUACGACUACUUCUGGAACUGGGAGAUGGACGCACGCUACACCGGUCACUGGUAUCAUCUCUUCGAUAAGGUCAGCCAGUGGGCCAAGGACCAGCCGCGGAAGGGUCUCUGGGAGCGCAAUGCCCGCUUUUACGUUCCCUCUGUCCAUGGCACAUGGGAAGACUUCAAACAGAUGGUCCGCGUGCAUACCGAAAGUGGCACAAACUCCGCCAACAACAUGUGGAGCGCCGUCAAAAACAGCGAUCCCAGUUCGCGGAGCUCAAUGCACCAGCAAGGCGACAGGUCUAUUUGGGGACCUGAACGCCCGGACGAAAGAGAUAUCUUCGAAGUCGAAGGUGAAGGCAUUCCACCUACAAGCAUGGACAAAGACCAGUACCAAUGGGGCGUCGGUGAAGACGCCGACUUGGUUGUUUUCAACCCGCUCUACGAUCCCGAAGGCACGACCUGGCUCCUGCGCGACGAUGUCACAGGCUAUAACAAGGAGAAGGGCAUGCCACCACGUCGCACGGCCAUUAUAACCGCCUCACGUAUUUCCAAAAAGCUGCUCAUGACCAUGCACCGCGAGUGUGCCCUGAAGCGCCACAGCAUGUUCUCAGAGAUGUGGCCCGCCACGACGGCCCUCCACCACGGGUUCAAGGCAGUCUUCGUCCCGCACGCCGUCUACGUCGACCGCCGCUGGCCAAGCCGUUACCUGGAAUCGGUGUUUAAUGCCGGCCGCAACGGUGCUUCUGGUGGCGCGCGCACCUCCAUAUUUGGCGACCGCGAACACAACUUCCGCGGCACAACCUGGUUCUAUUCUGCGGGCUUCUCGCCAAACCUCUGGCGUCGUUGGCUCGGUCUCCGUGUUGACAAUGAUGGAGGCGAGCAGCAGGAGCUUGCUGGCGAGGGCCGCAUGUGCCUUCCUCCUAUGCUUUUACAUCCCAUCAAAGAAGUAAAUAUGAUCAUUGACGACGGCGAGCACGCUGAAGACCGAUGA